AUUUCCGUUUGCAACCGUCGGCCAUUUUGAACAGGCUGGGCUGGUAUGUGGAACGGAACAGUCUCAAAGAGAAAAAAAAGUCUGUUCUCUGCCCUGUGUUUGUACUGAAUUGACACAACAGCCUAUCCAAAUCGUAUAUUAAAGUACAAGUUCAUGAGGUCGACAGAAACUGUUCUGUAGCCUGUGUUAAUCCAGUUGAUGACACAUGGUGCGGAUUCUCAGGAUGAGUUGCCGAAAUCCACCGGCGGCGGCAGCGGCGCGAAGGACUGCAGCAUCUGCCGAAUAAACCACAAUCUGUCUCUGUCCUCUCACCCUAACUCUUCAUUGGGCCUGAAAGCAAAGUGCUUGAAGGGAAUUCCAUGCGAGACCGUGAAGUAAAGCAGAAGAAAUGUUUCAACUUCCAGUGAACAACCUCACUCGGCUGAGGAAGGCCAGGAAAAAAGUCAAGAGACUGCUCAGUGACAUUGGCCUUGACUACUGCAAAGAACAUGUGGAGGACUACAAAGAUUUUAGCCCCAGUGAUUCAUACAUGAAACAAUUUUACCUUGACAUUUGUAUGUGGGAUCCAUCCUGGACAAAGUCACAGGACUACAGAACAAAGCAGUUUUGCUGCUCAGAUUGUCCAUUUGCCUCCAAGUAUUUCUCUGCCUACAAAAACCACUUCCGCAAUGUUCACAGAGAAGACUUUGAGAGCCGAAUCCUUCUUAAUUGCUCCUAUUGCACAUACAGUGGGAACAAAAGGACACUGGAAACCCAUGUCAGGCUCUUCCAUAUGCCUCACAAUAUGUUGCGUCAGGGUGUCGCUGGCCCUCACGGAGCUCCAAUAGGGGUUAGGGACGGUAUGCGAUUAGAUAAGCCUAUGCUGGGCGAUCGAAAGGAGCUCCCGGUGUACUACUGCAAGAAGUGCACCUAUCGAGAUAGACUGUACAACGUAGUGCGCAGGCAUAUUUACAGGGAACACUUCCAGCAUGUGACUACACCUUACCUGGGAAGAAACUCAGAGAAGCAAGAAAACAGUGUAGAGGCCCCUGGUAACAGUCAUGGGAUUCACUGCAAGAGCUGCCACUUCACACCUCGUUCCUAUGAAGCACUGGUCCAGCAUGUCAUUGAGUUCCAUGAGCGCAUUGGCCAUCAAGUCACCGCUAUGAUUGGGCACACCAAUGUCAUAGUGCAGAGGCCCCAGGCGAACGUAAUCCAAAGGGGCGUUGCAAUCACUCCUGGUGUGCGUCCUCAAACACCUCAAAUGAAUCGCUUCAGUAUGCCCAAAAUGGUGGGGUUACCUGUCGGCAACCAUUUCAAGCAAACUCUUGCAGGCAACUCCGUGCCUGGUCACCCAGUUCGCGUUACACUACCUGAUAAAGCUUUCGUAUCUGGUGUGGUCUCCCAGUCACAUACGGGAAAACACCUGGGCGGCUUUGGAGUCCAUGGUUCUACACAUCUUAAUGCCCAGUCAGCUUCUUUCUCCCCCUCAUUGAAGAGUCUACCUCUCUCUUCAUCUGUGCACGCUGCUACUGCCACACUGACAUCACUGCAGGCCAAGAAAGCUUCAGCCAAUGCUUUGAACACCUCACAAACACAAAAGUGGAAGAUUUGCACCAUCUGCAAUGAACUUUUCCCUGAAAGCGCAUAUAGUGCUCACUUUGAAAAGGAACAUCAGGCGGAGAAAGUGAGGGCGAUGGCUAAAUACAUCAUGAAGAUUCACAACUUUACUAGCAAGUGUCUGUACUGUAACCGUUACCUACCCAGCGACUCUUUGUUGAACCAUAUGCUAGUGCAUGGGCUGUCAUGCCCACAAUGUCAUUCCACAUUUCAUGAAGUUGAGAAAAUUGUAGCACACAAGCGCCUGGCGCACCCCAACGAAGCAGGGGAUCCACCGACUGGUGCUCCUCUAACAUUCGAUCUCACACUUCAGCAAGGAAGUCCCAAAAAUGUUCAGCUUAUUGUAACCACCUACAACAUGAAGGAGACCCCUGAAGCCUCUUCAGCUGCCAAUCAACCACCACAGAACAGCGCCAUGGCUAAGCCUGCAAAGAUGGCUGUAAAGCAGCCAGAUACGCAAACUGAUUCUGUGGUCCGAAACAUGUCCCAGUCUUCUGUGUCGCAAAAGAAAGAAGUUGGGAAAACACUCUGCCCGCUAUGCUUCACUAUUCUCAAAGGUCCCAUCUCGGACGCCCUUGCCCAUCAUUUACGGGAUCGUCAUCAAGUACUCCAAACGUUGCACCCUGUAGAGAAAAAACUAACCUACAAGUGCAUCCACUGCCUGGGAGUGUACACUAGCAACAUGACUGCUUCCACCAUCACGCUCCAUUUGGUGCACUGCCGAGGUGUUUGCCAGACCCCCAAAGGCGCCAAGCCUAUUAUGCCUGGACUGCGCUCACCUGGAGCUGGGUCUCUCAAACGUGAGUUAGUUACCCCAGAUGCAUCUGACCCCAAGAGAAGGAAGAUGGUAGACCAGUCUAGGUAUUACCCUACAGCCUUUGUUGAGAAGCCAGAGGAGCCGGUCGUGUUGGCACUGGAUCCGAAAGGUCAUGGUGACGAGUCCUACGAAGCACGCAAAGCUUUCCUUACAGCAUAUUUCAAUCGGCAUCCCUACCCUUCCCAACGGGAGAUCGAGAAACUUGCUGCAAGCCUCUGGUUGUGGAAGUCCGAUGUUUCGAGCCAUUUUGCCAACCAGCGGCGCUCAUGUGACCGGGACUUAGUCACCCGCAAUCCUGUUGUGUUACUUGGCUUUAACAUGCGGGCAGUGAGCCAGCUCAAGCAUGACAUGAGCUUUGAUGCAAGCUGGCUGUUCGAAGUCAAUGACGAUGAAAAAAGCGGAUUCUCAAGGACCUCAAAAUUUAGGCUGAAGUCUCCUGUUGGUUUCUCUGCAGACUUCAAGGGGAAAAUGCAGCCAUUAAACACUGGACAAAGUAGUCAAAGCAACUGUGCCUUCAAGCCAUGCCCUGGAUCAUCCUCAGAACCUAUUGCCAUUGACUCUGACAGUGAUUCAGAGCCAGACGUGAUGCCUAUUAAAAAUCUUAAUCAACCAACUAUGGCGUUAAGACCUUCGGUAGGUCAGUCCCACGCAAAAGGGACAUUGCUGCAAGAGAGCUUCCGUUGUGAAAGAGAUGUCAGGGGAAGCAGAAGCUCUCCCAGAGUUGGGCCAAAAAGUCUAGAUGGCUCCGUUUCGGGUUCCAGUCCUGACGAGGCGACCUGGUCAGGCAGCAUGUCUUCUGAAGAGAGCCACUACAGACCAGCAGGACGAUUCGAAGUAAAGGGGAAGAAAGUUGGGUUACUUGGUAGAUGAUGACUUUCGGUGAUAGUUCCUUUUUGUCUAUCUAUCCAUGCCCAGAUUUGUAGGUCAGAUCUUUUACCUCACGUUUGGCUGACAUUGAACGUUACGUUAUGAACUGAAUCUGAGAAGUUACAGUUUUACUGAAAGUACUGUUUACUCUCAAACAAUUCUGCUGUCAAAAAGCGGACAAACUAAUAUACUGUAUAAUUUUUUUCCAACCGAUCCAUAGUCUUUGGUGAGUUUUUCUUCUUUUUUUGUAUACUGUUCUCUGUAUUUAAUCAUACACUUGUUGGAGUUGUAACAAAAUUGAUAGGUCUAUUGUUUUUUUCCCUUAAAUAAAAAAGGCAAUGUAAU